UCAAUUAUUAUUAAAGCAAUGCCGUUGACAUUUGUUAUGUCUCAAAAGGGCAAUAAAAUGUUAGCCCAUGAAGGUUUUUUGUAUACAAAAAAAGGGUGAAUAAAAAUAAUAUUUCUUGGCGUUGUGCCACUAACCCUAAAUGUAACUUGAUAAUACACACUAAUACUGAUCUGCGCACAGGUGAUAUUGUUGGUGACAUUCCAAUCCAUGAGCAUCCUGGAGAUGCUGCUGGCGUUCAAGCAAAAACUUUAAAGAAUAAAAUUAUCAAACGUGCUAGGAAAACCGAUGACAAACCAGCUAAAAUUAUUUCACGUUCCUUGCGAGGGAUAUCGUCUCCUGUUGUCGCUUUAUUACCGAAGCCUGAGUCGAUGUCACGUUCAAUUAAUCGGAGUCGGAUCGCUGAUAUUCCACAUACUGUUAAUUUUGCAUCACGUGCUGAUCUAGUGGUGCCUGAGGAUUUGAAGCACACUCAUGGUGGCGAACUUUUUUUAAUGCACGAUAGCGGUGGUGAUAAAAAACGUUUCUUAAUAUUUACCACUCAAAGAAAUCUGAUUUAUUUGUCGACAUGUGAACAGUGGUUGGCAGACGGAACUUUUCGUAGUGUGCCUGGUAUAUUUUUACAAUUGUAUUCCAUUCAUGGAUUGAAGAACGGUAAAACAUUGCCUUUAAUUUAUAUAUUGGCUCCGAAUAAAACUCAACGUUUAUAUGAAAGCGUACUGGAAAUAAUUCGUGCUGCCUUACCGAAUUAUAAACCUGUUCGAAUGAUGAAUGAUUUUGAGGAUGCAUUUAUGAUUGCUUUUAAAAUUAAAUAUUCAGGCGUAUUAUUAUCAGGGUGUUUUUAUCACUUUUCUCAGUGUGUAUGGCGUCACAUACAAUCGUGUGGAUUACAGAAACUCUACAAUACGGAUAUUACCUUUGCUGUUAAUUUGAGGCUUUUGACUGCGUUAGCUUUUGUACCAACGGCAGAUGUUGUUAAGUGCUAUGAAUUAAUUGUUGCAACGGAUUUUUAUGAAACACAUGAGGAUGAACUUGAUGAAUUUUUGCUGUACUUUCAAGGCAAUUGGAUCGGCAAACCACGCCACAACAAAAAAAAACGAGAGAAGCCUCGAUUUGAGAUAUCAGUAUGGAAUUGUUACAAUGCUGUUGUUAAUGAUUGGCUUCGGACCAACAAUCCUACAGAGGGGUGGCAUAAUCGAUUGAAUCGUGGUGUUUCUGUACACCAUGCUACUGUUGGUGUUUUUUUUAAUGCCUUGCGAGACGAGCAAGUGCAUACGGAGCUUUGUAUGACGCAAAUUAAUACCGGUAUUAAUGUUAACAAUCGUCGUAAAGAGUAUCGUGAUUACGAUGAGCGUUUAAAACGCGUUGUUCUUAAUUACGAUUCAUCUGAUAUGUUGGGUUAUGUAAAGAAUGUAGCAAAAAUAAUUUCUUUCAAUUAGUAACAAAAAAUUUAUUUAUUAUUAUUGUUUAAAUCGAUCUUUUAGCAAAAUUAACUUUUUUUUGACUAUUCUUUGAUGUUUAAUUAACUAUUUCGACUGUCGCGUGAUUAUUUCUUGAUGUGGAUGAAUAUUUUGUUAGAAAUGAACAUCUGUCAUGUAAUGACACAUUAUUUAUUUAUUUAUUUAUAUUAUUUCAAUUGUUCUUAUAGUAAUACUAAUUAUUAAAAAAUU